GCGCUCAUUUUGCAAUUUCGGGCCGUGCACCGCGGACGUGCGCGCUUCGUUCAGAGUUCAUAUAUAGUGGGGUCCGUCCCAUCGCAUCGCAUCGGUGAAUUCGCAUUGGAAUCUCUGAGAUAUAUAUUGAGAUUGAAAAUACCACUUCGAUUUCGAACUGUGCACUUUUCUUUUAUUUUUGUUGGCCAAUUUUUUUUGCUAUUUUUUUUGUAUUUCUGUGAAAAUGUCAGCCAAGGCAUAGCAACAAUUUGCCAUGAGUGUGUGAUCCGCAAUCCCUUUGGGACAUCCAUUUUUUUUUUUUGAAAGACACUUGACAAAAUGAAAUUGUGGAAAUCCAAGAAACCUAUUGGUGGCUGUGUGCCAGGAAAAUCGGCUGCCCUCAAACAGGAUCAACAACAGGACUCUCAUGGAUCCUUCGGCAAUCAUCAUAAUCCUCAACAGCAACAAACAGACAGCAAUGGUAUCGCCUUGGCGCCCAUGUUAUCCGUUGACCGUGCCAUGAGUCCGGCCCAGUCGGAGGACUCGGGACUGGCCCCGGAAAGGGGUACCACCUAUGCCACCAUCACACUGCCACGGAAUGCCCUACAUUUGGCCAUUACUUUUGCAGAACGCAAUGAUCUAUCCUACCCCCCGGUGGUGGGUGCCCUGAACCCCGUGGGUCAUGCUGCGGAUUUCCUAGCUCCUGGGGAUCGUCUCCACCAAAUAGAUGGCAUCUCCACAAUCGGCCUAAGUAACCAAAAAGUGAUGAACAUGCUCUGUGCCGGUGGACCAGAUACAGGUCCCGCCAUUGUUGAGAUCGAAUACUCACUUCCGGAAUACACAGUUUCCCAGAACAGCCUGUGUGUGACCUCAAAGCUGGCCCAGAUCACUGUGGAGCGGGAAAGUGGCUGCCUGGGGCUGACAUUGAGGGGCGGAGCCGACUACCCGCUGAUCGUCACCCAUGUCCGGCCCCAUGGCCCUGUCUACAAGACCGGUCGGUUGAAGCCCGGCGAUCGAUUGUUGCGAGUCGAUAAUGUCUCACUGAUUGGCAAAACCUUGGCGGAGGCACAACAGAUCAUCAAGUGCGGCGGCCAUGUCUCCGGUUAUACCAAUCUGACCAUCGAAUACGAUGUCUCGGUGGUCCAGAGUGUAGAGUUCUCAAUGGGACCGCUUCUCAUCGAGAUCGAGCGACCGAUGAACGAUAAACUGGGCCUGGUACUGUGCAAUUAUACGCCAGCAGUGCCACCAACAACGGCGACAGUUUCCGGCAGUUCUGCCUCCGGUUCCAGUACACCAUCCAGCCAGGAGAAGAUCCAGGAGGAGACUUCUGGGGCAGCAGGGGUGUUCAUAGCCAGCAUUUUGCCAGCCAGUAUUGCUGAUCGUUGCGGUGCCUUAUCCAUUGGCGAUCAGGUGCUCUCCAUCGACGACACCAUGAUCGAGCACACCGCCUUCAGUCCGGACGAGGUGAUGACCAUAUUGGACACCGGCACUGGUCGCGGCUAUACACAAAUGCAGAUCAUGCCCGCUCACGCUCUGGCCCGUCGUGGACACACGGCUCUGGGCAGUCCCAAGUAUAGCUUCAGCACUCUGGAGUCUCGCAAAUCCUCGACAGCCUGCCGGCAACGACAGCGCUUUGCCCGCAAGAGCUCCCUGCCCCUGGAGACACCGGGCACACCAGGAACCCUAAUGCCCAGCUCCGCAGGUGGACCUGCUGGCAGCGGCAUCUUGGGCAUGGGUCUGGGACUGUGCCGGGCGGAGAGCUUUCCCGUUCUACUCGAUUGCAGUCAAGGAGCUGGCAUAGUUCUAGCUGAAGGUGGAUCUGGAUCAAGUAGCUCUGGGGGAGCAGGAUCUGGCGGUGGUUCUGGCUCCAGCGGAGGAGCUGUAACGAUUGCCCAGAUCCUUAACGAUUCCGUGGCCGAUCGGAGUGGCUGCAUCCAGGCGGGAGACCGCAUUGUGGCGAUCAAUAAAAUGUAUAGUUUGGAUGCGGCGGCCAUGCGGCAAAUCCUGGACGGAGGCUCCUCCCGUUCCAAUGGCAACACUGCCCCGGCCAACUGGCUGGAGCUGGAGAUCGAGUUCGAUAUGCCGGACGCCGUGGUGCCCUCCAGCGGGGUAUUCAGUGUAAAGCUGCUCCGGGCGGGCAAAUGCGGCCUGGGACUCAGUGUCAGUGGCUCCAGUCACGGCGGAUUGGUCAUCUCGGACGUAAAAAUGGGCAGUCCCGCCCAUCGCAGUGGCUCGCUACGCGUGGGCGACAUCCUGCUGGCCGUCGAUCAGCAUCCUGUCCAGCAUUUCAAUGUGGAUGCCCUGCUCAAGGAGGAGACGGCAUCCGGAAGGCAGAACAAUCACGGCAACUCGGACUUCACCACGCUGACCAUCAAGAGGGUCGUCCUGCCCGACUUCCUGCCCAUCUCCAGUCCCAUCUACAGUAAUUGUCCUGGUCCGGGAGUGGGCCUGGGCCUCGGUCUGGGUCUGGGCUCAUCCACGGAGCACGAUCUGUACAGCAGUGCCUAUGUUACAGCCGGAAAGUAUGCCGACUGUGUGUCCCUGAAGUCACGUACCCCGCAACCGGAUUAUUUCCGGGUACCCAGCUUGGAUGAUGCCGCCAGUCUGCAGUCCGUGCAGAUGCGUCAGGGCACCAACGGCUGGCCAGGGAUCGGGGGGACACAGUCCAACAGUAGAUCCUUUGUGCCGCAGCCGAAUACCCAAAGCCUGACCACCGAGCUGCCCGAGGAGGAGGACGAACAGGAGGAGCAGUUGUAUCCAGGAUACGAGCUAAAUCGUUAUGCCAGUGUGGACUGCACUGCCCUGCCACCGCCCAUGGAGAACAAGGUGUACGGAUCGGCGGCGAGCUCCAGCAGCAAGAGCAGUGGCAGCAGCUUGCAUCAAAUCAUUUUCACAGUCCGCCUGGAGCCGAAGGGCGGACUCCUGGGCAUCACCCUGGCCGGCAGCGAGGACAUCACGAAGCCCAUUACCAUUAGCGGCUUGGUGGAAGGUGGCAUUGCCUACAAAAACAGCCAGAUCCAAGUGGGCGACCAGCUGCUGGCCAUCGACGAGCACUCCGUGCAGGGCAUGCCCCUGUCGCAUGCCACCAGCCUGCUGCAGAACCUCGGCGACCUGGUGGACCUGAAGAUCCUGCGCAGCCAUGACCUGGCCAAUGGCAGCCAUCACUUGCCCCAGACCCAGGCCAUUUACGCCAAAGUCCAGCGACGGCCGCGCAGUCCAUCGGCCAACACGGAGGCCAGCAAGGAGUCGGUGAACGGAAAUGGCAGCGCCACCGGAAACGGAAAUGGCAACACCAACGGCACUGCCAAUGGCAAUCCCAAUGGAAAGCCACGAAUCUUCCAUGUGACCUUGUACAAGGACAAAGUGUACGACGAUUACGGCUUUUCGGUUUCCGAUGGACUUUACGAGCGGGGGGUGUUCAUCAACCGGAUCCGCAGUGGCGGUCCGGCGGAUAUGUGCGGCCUGUUGAAGCCCUUCGAUCGAAUCAUGCAGGUUAAUGAGAUGAAGACGCAGGACUUUGAUUGCUGCCUGACAGUUCCAUUGAUUGCCGCCGCUGGGGACAAAAUCGAAAUGAUCAUGCAGCGCUCCGAGUGACAGCCCUGUGUUAAAUUAGUUUUAAAUUAAGUUAAGCCUAAGUGCCAUUGCUAGCCCAUAAUCGAGUGUCCUGUGCCUGAAACCCGAAACAAACAAA